AUGAGAAAGAUUAUAGAGGUCUCAAAAAAACAAAUGGAGAUGAAGAAGAUCGCUUGCGGUGUACUUUUCGCUGCUGCCUCAAUGACCGCCGUCAUGGCUGUGGAAGAAGCCGGAGCUCCGGCACCAGGACCCGCAUCCGCCGCCUCGGCUGCAUUGCCCGCUCUUGGCUCUAUCGUUGGGGCUUCCCUUGUGUCCCUCUUCAGCUACUACUUGCACUAA